UGAUAUCAUAGAAGAAGAAGUAGGUAACAAAGAAGAUUUGACAAGCUCUUCUCUUGUUGCUAGGAUCGCGAGAAGAGGGGAAGUAAACGAUUUCUUCAAACCAGCUUGCAGCUGUCAUUUUUGUAGCCUGUAUCGCCCAUAGUGUCCCAAGGGGACAAGCUCAAUCUGCCUCAAGUUGCAGUUGGAGGUUGCUGUCCUAUCUAUCUGGCUUACCCUCAGAUCCUCCCUUUUCCCCUCCUGGUUUCUUCCCGAACCUCUUGCUCUCCUUAAACCCUCUUUACUUGAAGUGAACCACCAUGGCAACAGCAAAGCCCAAAGGGCAGAACUCUCUGGCCCUCCACAAAGUGAUCAUGGUGGGCAGUGGUGGAGUGGGGAAGUCAGCCCUCACUCUGCAGUUCAUGUAUGACGAGUUUGUUGAGGACUAUGAACCAACCAAAGCGGACAGCUAUAGGAAAAAGGUAGUUCUGGAUGGGGAGGAGGUCCAGAUAGACAUCCUGGACACUGCGGGACAAGAGGACUAUGCUGCCAUCCGGGACAACUACUUCCGCAGUGGGGAGGGCUUCCUCUGUGUCUUUUCCAUCACUGAGGCAGAGUCGUUUGCAGCUACAGCAGACUUCAGGGAGCAGAUCUUGCGGGUGAAGGAGGAUGAGAGUGCACCCUUCCUCCUGGUGGGGAACAAGUCUGACUUGGAGGACCGGAGGCAGGUCAGUGCAGAAGAGGCCAAGGCGCGUGCUGAACAGUGGGGCGUGUGCUACGUGGAGACCUCUGCCAAAACCCGUGCCAAUGUCGACAAGGUAUUCUUUGACCUGAUGAGAGAGAUCCGAGCGAGGAAGAUGGAGGACAGUAAAGAGAAAAACGGCAAGAAGAAAAGGAAAAGUUUGGCCAAGAGGAUUAGAGAGAGAUGCUGCAUUUUAUAGUGACAAGGGGGUCAGUGAUGACUGCUUUGUGUAUAUAAAUAUUUCACCUAUUUUUGCAUUUUAUUUGUGCCCAUAGAAGCCCCUUACUCCUGGUUCUGGUACCCAGGGAUUCUAGUCUUGGAUCAGAAGUAACUGGUUGGUUUAACAAAAGGUGAGUGGCACUGACUGUGGCAAGUGGUUCAUGGACAGAUUUGGCAGUCCCAUAAUCCUUGUUGCUCAAUCGAUUCUCUAUGCUCUGACACUCCUCAAACCUGCGUCCUCUUUAGUUCUUCUGGAUCACAUGUUAGAGAUGGCACAGACUUAAUGUGGUGAAAACAUUGGGCUUGGCUCUUUGUAGGCUGAUUUCUUUUUUUUUUUUUAUAAAUGUUUUUUUUUCAACGUGAAUAGAACUUAAAUGUAAGCAUACCCAACAAGACCAUGGUCAUUUUAUGACUGAGAUCUUGGACAGCCCCAAACCCAGAACAUUUUCCUACUUCUGAGGGACCAUUUCCAAUUGAAAUGAUUUGACACCAAUUAACCUGAUUGAAUGAGAGGGGAAAAGCCUGCAUGCCUCCAGGGUUGGGUUUCCCAAAAGCAUCUUAAGGCUAAGUUCGUUAGAAAUUUCGUAGGAGCAUCGUUAAAUCUCAGAGCUGUUUCACAAAACCAUCAUUACUAACUUCCAUUUGAAAACACUUGUAUCUAACUACUGCUUCAGACCACUUGUAGAACAGCUAAAGUGUCAGAAUAUCUUUUGCCCUCCCGCAUAACGUUACACACCAUCUCAGAUAAACACAAAGUGUUUCUCUGACUGCCGUUAACUUCAUAGUUGAAUAAAAAUAGUCUACAAAAUGUGCAAUGCUACAAACAAGCGAAGCAAUGACAAAACAGGUUUCAAAUGAAAACCGAGAUUACUAUAUUGUAAGAGAGAUAUUAGAAUACAUAUUUCAGUCAUAUUGAAAUUGUUUAAUCAAUUGAGUUAUAUUUUUCUAAUUGUAGGCUACUGUAAGAUGUGCCAAAUCUCGUUUAGUCUAUUAUUAUAGGCUAAGCUGAUCAUACUUUCUGUAGGAGCAUGUCCUUCAUCACUAUUGUAUAUUCUUUCUAGGCCCAGGACUAGUUAGGCACUGAAUUAUUUUAAAAAGAAACCAAAAAUCCAGGUGUACUAUUGAUGCAUACACUCUUAAGUUUUCAAAACUUCAAAAUCGUGUACAUAAGCACACUAACAAGCUUUGUUCUCCUCUGUUGUGAGGGGAAUCAGUUUCAUUAUUUACACCAAUUAGCUUCAGCCGGCUGGUGUGCUACCUUGGCAAAGUUGGUUUGACUUUGGAUAGCCUAUCACUGGAAAUAGUAAGGACUAGAUAUCGACGGAUUAUGAUUUUUCAACGCCGAUACCGAUUAUUGGAGGACCAAAAAAGUCGAUACCGAUUUAAUCGGCCGAUUUAAAAAAUAAUAAUAA